UCACGGUAACUUGCCAUGAAGGAUAUAGUAUCAAAAACAGUGAGGUUUAUGACUAUUAUUCAUAUCCUGACUACUCUGAUUAUGAAAACACUGACGCACACUUCACUCUGACAUGCAAUAACGGCACGAUAGGAAACAAACAAUGUGAACUAUCACAAGAGAGUAUAGAUCAACCAGAAAACAUGGAUCCUACGAUAAAACCAAGCUCACCUGACAAUGAAACAACGACUGUUCCAAGUGACGAAACCACAUCACCAAUUGAUAAUGAUCAUGGCGUGCUUAACUGCACCAUACCUGAGACCACCGAUGUACAAUUUGUGACACUUUCCGGCGAGAAAUUAAAAGAGGGGACGAAGAUACCUAAUGGCAAACAGUCUAGAGCGGAGAAGGAAUGUAAGGAUUACUACGAAGGUUACUCCCUUAAUUACGAUGACGAUGAUGGAGAAGAAAUUAGUCCGCCAACAAGACUUAUUCAUAAGAUAGUUAAUUGUACAGAUGGUGUGCUCUCAGAUUAUACCCUGGUUUGUGACGAUGUGGACACUUCCGAUACUGCCGUUACUAGUCCGGAGGGAUGCAUGACUGUACAAAAUGGCAUUGUCACAGAUAACGGCCAAUCGGUUGAGUGCAACGAGGGUUACGUCAAUGCUCACAGUCUCUUGUACGAGAGAUACAGCUGUUCAUGUGACAGAGACAACCCUGCCUUGGUGUGCAAUGGAAGGAAAGCCAAGUGCAAUCCAGUUAACUGUACAUUAGACAGUCAUAUUGAGCAAGGGAUGACUCUUAAAUACAGAAGAAUGUUUGUCACUGCUUCAUCAAUGGAAGCGAUUGCUCAUGGAAACUUCGUGGACUUUAACUGUGAAAUUGGAGCGAACAACAUAAAAUACGAGCCAAGAAAUCGGAGGUUUAGAUGUGACCGGGGAAAAUGGUUGGAAGCUAACAGAAGAGGUGAUUCAUGGUCGUUAGGCAACAAAGGAACGUUUCCCAAAUGUCGACCAGCAAAGUGUGAGUGUCGGUAUGGAGGAACAUGUAUUCGAGAUAAGCAUUGUGAAUGUCCACCAAACUCUACUGGAGAGCAGUGUGAAACACCUCUUUGUCCUAGUGGAUGUCAAAACGGUGGGACAUGUACCUCUCCAAGUAGGUGUAGCUGUCCAGAAGGAUUCUCUGGCUAUAUGUGCCAAACGGAGGAGGGAUGUCAAGCUCCGAUUGAUAAAGGAAAUGAUGCGUUUUACCGAAAUGGAGACACAUACACUGUAACCCAUGAAAGCUGCUCCGGUGGAAAUAUACCCAGUUUAAAAGGACAGAUUACUUGUGUUAAUGGUCACUGGUCCGAGCAAGUCAGCUGUUUGAAAGGAGCAAGUUACAGUAUAACUGUGAAAACUGCUGACGAUUGGUUUGCGGGCACAAAUGGGGAGGUGUACUUGUACAUGUAUGGUUCCAUAGAGAACAGCGGCAAAAUUAUCUUACAUGGAGAGUUUGAGGCUGGUGAUGUGGAUCUUACGAAUGGCCAUUUUGUUGACGUCGGAAAGGUCUCCAAAAUCCAACUUGGUGUAAAAGCCAGAUCAUAUACAAACGAUGGUUGGAUACCGGCUUCCGUACUAAUAGAAAAUGUAUCUAGAGGAGAGUAUUACCAAUUUGUACACGGUGCGGAAAUCGACGACACAAGCAUCUAUCUUUAUCCAGCAGGGUCAUCGUAUAGAAUUCGGGUGAAAACCAGCUACUAUAGGAACUGGAAAAAACAAAAUGUUUACAUAUGGAUAUAUGGAAGCAACGGUAGCACAGGUUGGACAAAAUUGAAUCAAACACUUUACCAGGGAAAAAUUGCAGAAGAGUGGCUGAUUAUGAGAAACAUUGGAAAGAUAAAGAGGAUUGUUCUUAGCUCUGGAAGAUACGUCUACUGGUUACCAGAUUAUGUUACCAUUCAUGUUGAAGACACGGACGAUUUAUACGUGUUUCGAUACAGCAUUAGAAACUACAUACUCGACGGAAGUACAGUUCUUUACCCAGAAGGAAACUGCUCGAGGCCGUUUAUAAAUCGCCCUUUGGCUAAGGAAUUGGUGAGUCGGCUUCUACAGGAUAAAAAAGCAAGAGAUAAAACGGAUUGCCAGAUUCAGUGCAUUGAACACCCCAAGUGUAAAAUGAUUAUGUAUAACAAACAUUCAGGGUACUGCAAAGCAUAUGGUUAUGGGCAUGCAAGGGAACGGGUCGACGGGAUUGUCUAUGAGCUAUUGCAAUGCUAUAGAAGAAAUUAUUAAACAAGUGUGCGUUUUUACAACCAACUGAAUAUUCUUGAUGAUUGUUUUCGUAUAGUGAAUUUAAAUAUUACUUUCACCUUCAAUAAAUGAAGCAUAUGACUUAUU